AAGCAGCCUCUCGCACACCGGAAGUGCUGGGAAUAUUGGCCAAUUUCUAGGCUCCGUCUCCGCCGCAGCUGGGGGAAGUGCGAGGUCCCAGCUUAGAAGAGUACGAGCUGCAGGUGUGACGCCGCUUCCGGUUCUAAGAUGGCGGUGCCCAAGCGGCAGCUCCGAAGACCAGUAGGGGACGCGGCGGCAGAGACUGACCCGGCCCGGGAGGCGAAGCAGGCCUGGGGGCAGCGGCGGCGGCUUCUAGUGCUUCUCGAGGGAGCGAGUCUGGAGACCGUGAAGGUUGGGAAGACGUACGAGCUGCUGAACUGCGACAAGCACAAAUCGCUGCUGCUGCGAAGCGGCCGGGACCCAGGGGAAGUGAGGCCCGACAUCACACACCAGAGCCUCCUGAUGCUCAUGGACAGUCCCCUGAACCGGGCUGGCCUGCUGCAGGUUUACAUCCACACCCAGAAGAAUGUUCUCAUUGAAGUCAAUCCCCAGACCAGGAUUCCCAGAACCUUUGAUCGAUUCUGCGGUCUAAUGGUUCAGCUGCUACAUAAACUCAGUGUCCGUGCAGCUGAUGGGCCCCAGAAACUGUUGAAGGUCAUCAAGAAUCCAGUGACUGAUCAUCUCCCAGUGGGCUGCAUGAAGAUAGGCACCUCUUCCUCAGUUCCCAACGUGACGGAUGUGCGUGAACUGGUUCCCACUGCAGAGCCUGUUGCAAUUGUUGUGGGAGCUUUUGCCCAUGGCUCGCUGAAUGUUAACUAUACAGAGAAGAUGAUCUCCAUCAGCAACUAUCCCCUCUCUGCUGCCCUGACCUGUGCCAAGAUCACCACAGCCUUUGAGGAGGCAUGGGGGGUGGUGUGAGCCCUCCAUAAUUGGCCCUGUGGAGUAGGACUCUGAUCUUUAUAGAAUUGGCAGCUAUUUUUCUACUCGUGUGUGUAAGGAGCACUGAGAGUCAACCUUGGCUGAAGGCUUAGUAGUAGACUUCAAGGCAUACCGUGCUGAGCUUUCCUUCCAUACAGGCUGCUCCCACGGUGAGAGGCCAGUAGGCACCCCUCUGGGGCUGAUCUUUCUCCUUAUAUUAAAAUUACUUUUGAUAAAGAUG